GUCACGUGACUUUUGGUUGGGAGCCACCAUUUUGGCAGUCAACAUGACCACCGGUGCCAGUGUUUUCUUACCGAGCGAGUAUACUUCUCAUUUUAAUUCAAGUGAAAUUCGGCUUUAUAGUACAAAAUUAGAGAGAUUAAAUAUAAGCGACCCAUAUAAUUCACCCGGUGUGCUUUUCAAGAGCAUAACCUCCUGCUCUGAAGACGAUGUACCCGACUUGCGCUACGCAGACAUCCACAGCUAUCUUGUAAGCUUUCCAUCAGUGUACUCAGGAGACUCCCUCAGAGCGUACAAAAGCUUGGAGGCUUACAAAUGGUGUCAGUCCGGCUUCGUAAACAACAUUCAACUGUGGAGUCUUACAUCCAAAAACUUCGGCAUCAUCACUGCAAGGGUUAAUCACUCCCAAAGGCUUAAUGAAAGUCAACUAAAGCCAUGGGUGGUGGUGAGGAACGACGGUGUUGUGCUGGGAGCCCACUGCAACUGCACAGCGGGACUCGGGGAGAGCUGCUCUCAUGUGUCAGCUGUUCUCUUCAGUCUGUGGGGAAAAAACAACGCAAGGCACGAGGAGAUCAGCUGCACAUCCAAAAAAUGCAAGUGGGCCUCUCCCAGUGAGGAUGCUGCGAAGAAUGUGGAGUACCUGCAGGGCAAGGACAUCAUAUUCAACCAUACUCAACAAAAUAAAAAGGGGAAUUCCACCAAGGGUACCUCUGCGCCCCCAUCUUUCCCACCCCUGACUGCUGCUGAGCAAACACAGUUCUACCAAAAUCUCUCACAGUGCCGGACUCAAGAUGGGAAGUCCUGCAGACCUGCAGUCCUGUCAGUUGUUCGCGGGUACGCCACAUCCUAUGUACCCAAGGCUGUCAAGCUAGAUUUACCUGAACCCCUUACCAGUCUGUAUGACAAGAAGGCAAGAGACCUGAACCUGGCUGAAUUACAAGAGCGUGCAGAAGGAAUAUUUGAGGACUUGACUGUCACUGAAGAACAGAGUGAUAUUGUAGAGGAGGAGACCCAAGCACAGUCCAAGUCCAGAAUUUGGUUUGAUCAAAGGAGUGGUAGGGUGACAGGAUCUACCUUCAGAGCAGCAACAAGAACAGACCUCAGAAAGCCAGCCGUGUCUCUCAUAAGACAGAUAUGUGACCCAAAGUCCCAUGUUUUCAGCAGUGAGGCUACCAGGUAUUCAUGGGCAGAGAAUUCCAGCCAAUGUCAACAUGCAGUUGAACAUCCUAACAUACUCCAAAUAGCAUCCCAAAAGUUUCUGCCUUGUUGUAAGGUGUCAGCUGAUGUUCAUCAUCCCAAAAGUAAUGGGCAUAUGCAUUUGAUUACUUAUUGUAUGAAACAUUGUGACAUGUGA